AUGUCUAAAGUCCAAACGCUGAGAGCUUUUGUCCAGCAGCGACUAAGUGCGGCUGCUGAAGAGAUAUUUGAGCUGUUUGAAAGAACGAUAGCAGAGUACGAGGAGGAACUUUGUGGACAACGCAAACUACUGGACGCUGUUUUCAAGCCUGAAGUCCGGUUACACAGAGCAGGUUUGUGCACUUUACUGCUUAUUCUCGCUGGAAACUGCUGGGAGUCUUCGUCUAGGGCCCAAUGUCCAGGCUCAGACUUGGAGGCGCGUUCCCGGCAAAAGUCCAGUUGUUUAUUGUUGAAAAAGGACGAUGUUCCCCCUGAGCAGCAGGGGUGGUGCCCCGGCCUGGACCAGGAGGACCCGCAAGAACCCCCAAACAGCCCCAGCCUGGACCAGGAGGACCCACCAGAGCCCCCACACAUUAAAAGCGAUUGGAGCCCCAGUCUGGACCAGGAUGACCCACCAGAACCCCCACACAUUAAAGAGGAACAGGAGGAACUCUGGACCAGUCCGGAGGGAGAGCAGCUUCUAGGGUUGGAGGAGGAGUUCACAUUCACUCCAGUCCUUAUGAAGAGUGAAGAAGACAAUGAAGAGAGACCUCAGUCCUCGCAGCUUCAUCAAAGACUCACUGAACAAAUGAAAACAGAAGCUGAUGGAGAGGACUGUGGAGGACCAGAACCAGCCAGCAACUCGGAUCCACAUAGAUAUUUACAACCAGCUACUCAUGUCAGGACAUCAUGCUCCUCUGAACCUCAGACCGAUGAGAUUUGUGAAUGGCAGGGGACCAUGGAAACUCGAUCAGGAGUAAACCCUCUGAAAAUUAACAGUGGAUGUAACACUGUUGGUAAAUCAUUUAGCUGCUCUAAGUGUAGUAAAGUAUUCCGCCACAACUCGGGUCUGAAGAGACACAUGAGAAUUCACACAGGCGAGAAAUCAUUUAGUUGUUUUGUCUGUGGUAGAAGAUUUGCACAUAAGUUUCAACUGAGACAGCACUUGACCGUCCAUUCAGGGGGGACACCCUUUAGUUGUAUAGGUGAAACAUUGGCAAAAAGCUCAGAUUUGACCUCACAUUUAAGGGUUCAUACAGGAGGAAAACCUUUUACAUGCUCAGUUUGUAAAUCAAGUUUUCGUUCCAGACGCAAUUUGUCCAGACACAUGAGAAUCCACAC